AUGACUGGUCAUCUGAAGCACCUAAUAAAGUGUCGCCAGAAAGCUUUAAAAGAUAACUGUCCUACACAGUUUAAAUUUUAUCGUAACCAAGUUAAUAGAGAGAGGAAACGUAUUAAAGCUAAAUACUAUGAAUCAAAAGUAAAAGACCUUAAAAAUAUAGAGCCAAAGAAAUGGUGGUCCGAGUGUAAAAAGUUAUGUGGAAUGUCAAAGCCAAACAUUAAUAUUGCCUCCAAACUUUUAGACGAAUCACAGACAAUCGAGGAUAAAGUAAACCUGGCCAAUGAAAUCAAUUUAGCUUUCCUAGAACCCCAGAAAA